AUGGAAGAGAUGGGUGAUUUCAAGGAGCCAGGCAGCCCUGGGUGUCUGACCCGAGUCUCCCUGCCUUUGGUGCUGCUUCUCGUCUCUCUGGGUAUCUUUGUGCUCCUGGUGACCACCCAAGUCCAAGUCUUCAGGAUCUACCAAUCCCUGCAGAGUGACAGCAAGACCAAGGACCAACAGACGAACCAUCAAAUGGUUGCCCUUUCUCAGAAGCAGCUCCAAUCAGAGCUGAAGGAAAUCCAGGAGCAGCUGGCCUGGAUGAAUGCAUCCCUGGCUAGCCUGUGCCGUCCCUGUUCCCAGAAUUGGGAGCCCUUCCAGAACAGCUGCUACUUACUCUCCAGGACCCAGACAAAUUGGCACGCUUCUGUCUCUGCCUGCCAGGACCAAGGGGCCCACCUGGUGAUUGUCAACAGUGGUGAGGAGCAGAGAUUCCUGCAAUACUGGAGUGUCAGGAAAGAUGGCCGCACCUGGAUUGGCCUCAGCGAUCACCACAAUGAGGACGCUUGGCACUGGGUGGACAACUCUCCCCUCCAGCUCAGCUUCUGGGUUAAAGGUGAGCCCAACAACGCUGGGGAUGAAGACUGUGCUGAGCUCUCCACUACUGGCUGGAAUGACAUCAAGUGUGAUGCAGAAAACUACUGGGUCUGUGAGAAGCCCUCGGUUCCCUGCACUAGCCUCUGA